AUGCUCCGCAUUUGGAGGCUCUCUGGGGAAGAGUUGGCUGCCAUACCUGACGUGGAGCUGAGCGACGUGAAGGCCUUGAAGCAUUGUUUGCGAAGGAGGAAUGGCUUUCCAGUUUCACUUCAGCAACUUUUCCAUCAUGGAUGCCGGAUGGAUGAUACUUUCAAGCUGGGUUCAUGCAUGGACUUGCAGCUGGUUCUGCUGCCGAUGACUCUGCAGUCAGAAGUUGCAGACGAACUGCGAGCUACAGCCACGAGUGGUGAGGUUGAGGCAGCGCGAUGGCUGCUGCGGGCAAGCACAGACAAGGACUCUAUAGAUGCCUUCGGUAGAACUGCUCUCAUGUGCGCAUCUGCCGCCGGCCAUGCCCACAUUGUUCGAUUGCUGCUGGAUGCCGGUUAUGAUCAUUCCUUGACUGAUCGCGGGGGCCUGACGGCCCUCAUGCGGGCAUCGAUGGAGGGGCACGUGGAGGUUGCACAAGUGCUAUUGGAGGCUGGCGCAGACAAAGAUGCGAUCAAUCCUUACGGCAAAACCAGUCUUAUGGAAGCUUCCAUCAAGGGCCACACUGAAGUUGUCCGGCUUCUGCUGUCUGCCGGAGCCAAGCAGGAUUGGACAGGCCGUGACGGUACCACGGCUCUAAUGGAGGCUUGCAUGGCCGGUCACAAGGAGAUCGUGCGUUUGCUUUUGGACUUUGGUGCUGACAGGGAGUUAAAGGACCGGUGGGGAAGUACAGCGCUGGUCUUUGCGGCUGCCAGCGGCGAAGCUGAGAUUGCAAGAUGGCUUCUUGAAGCAGGACCUGCUAAGACCGCACAGGACAGUCAGGGCAAGAUACCGAAGAUGUGGGCAUCUACGAGCGGCAAGGUAAAGAUUGCAUGCUUACCUGCGAAGAUCUGA